AUGUCCGACGACGAGGUUGACACUGAGCUCCUCGAGCUCCUGCGCCAACACCUUCAAGGCAAGGUGACAAUCGAGGAAGAGCCCGAGACUGGCGUCCUUGAGAGCGCCGAGUACGUCUACGACUCUUGCAUAGAUGUUGCUGUCGAUAUGCGCGCCUCAAAGAAGGCCGCCGAGACCAUAUACCAGCAGAUGCAGCAGAAGAGCUACUCAACUGCAACCUGGUCCGAGCAUGAACUCCAUCCCAAGGCCAAGGACGAGAGCACCGUCAACUUUAUCUUUACCAUGGAUCUGCUAAACUUUUCUUUCUGGUCUGAGCUACCUGAAGAUGAGAGGUUUGCAAUUGAGUAUCGCGGCAAGAGGUGGACUGGGUACUGGAGUCUGGUUGCAGCGCUACAAAGGGCUCUUGAUGAAGGUAUCCCCAUAACGGACCCUUUCUAUUGGCAAAACGAGGACGAGUGUACUCUUGAAUCUCUCAAGCACGUCUUUAGGUCGUGCACAGAAGAGGAGAUCCCCCUCCUUCAGGAGCGCCUGGACUGUCUUCGAGAGGCCGGUCAAGUUCUUGAUCAGAAUUAUGGUGGCUCCAUUCCAGAGCUCAUCUACGCUGCCGAUGGUUCCGCAGCACGUCUCGUCAAUCUUCUGGCCCAAGACUUUGACUGUUUCCGUGACGAGCACCGCUUCGAGGAUGGCAAGAUGAUUCGCCUCAUGAAACGGGCUCAGAUUCUCGUCGCCGAUCUAUGGGCCUGCUUCAACGGCGAGUCCUACGGCGAGUUCCGCGACAUUGACAAGAUCACUAUGUUUGCCGACUACCGCAUCCCUCAGAUCCUCAUGACGCUGGGCGCGCUGUAUUGCUGUCCUGCGAUUGCUGCCGCCAUCACGGAUAAGAAGAUGAUAGAGAGCGGGUGCUCCUGGGAGUUGCAAAUCCGGGCAUGCAGUAUCUGGUGUGUCGAGUUGAUUCGACGAGAGAUUCUACGCCAACACCCAGACGCCCACGUCAACGCCAUCCUGAUAGACUUUUUCCUCUAUGACAGCAUGAAGGAAUUAGAAGCUGCCGGCAAGGAACCUAUUCCCCAUCAUCGGACAAGGAGUAUAUGGUACUAG